UUUUUAUGUUGACAGUGUGCGAAUGAUUAUUGUUGCAGCGAUAAAAGAACUUUUAUAAGUAAAAUAGUUUUGAAUAAUGAAGUACUAAAUUUUCAUUAGAGUUAGAACAAGUUUGUUAGAAUAUGCAAAAAAAGUAAAUUUAAGGCAUAAAAUACAGGAUGGAUGUUCAGCGUAAGAAUAAAGGUAAAAUCCGUGAAGGUAGACAAACCAGUCAAGAAAUUACGGAAAAUGACAAAUAUUGUUUAUCUACUCAUCUCUCUAAAGAAUCUCUAAAGAAUUACCAAAAUUCUAAAAAUCAAGUAAAGAAAACUGAAACUACAUUAAAUAAAACCUUAACACGUAUAAAGGUAAAUUUUGAAAUUGAUCUCUUAUCGUUGCUGUUAUUGUUAAUGGGUCUUGGCACUCGCUUAUAUCGACUAGAAGAGCCUAAAAGUAUAGUGUUUGAUGAAUUACAUUAUGGAAAGUAUGUUGGUCUCUAUAUGAAGAACACAUUCUUUUUUGAUUUACAUCCACCUCUUGGAAAACAACUUAUAGCUGCCGCUGCUUAUUUAGCCGGCUUCGAUGGUAAUUUUAAGUUCGAUAGAAUUGGCUCUUUAUAUACAGACACUGUGCCUUUAUUUGCAUUAAGAUUACUUCCUGCAUUAUGCGGCAGUUUAAUAAUUCCUACAACCUAUCAUUUAGCAUUAGAAAUAGGUUUAAAACAAUGGAGUUCUGCCGUCGCAGCAUUAUUGUUACUAUUUGAUAAUGCUCUUUUGACUCAGUCGAGAUUCAUCUUAAUGGAAAGUAUUUUGAUACAGUUUUUGUUGAUGGGAUUAUUAUGUAUUAUGAAGUUUAGGAAAAUUAUGGACGAUCCAACAACCUUAGCCUGGUGGUUUUGGUUGGCCCUAGGAUUAAUAAAUUUAACAUGUGCUCUAUGCGUGAAGUACGUUGGCUUUUAUUCAUUGCUUCUUGCUCUUUAUUUAAUUUUUCGAGACUAUUGGUCAUUGAUUCCUAGAAAGACAUUAUCAGCUGUGGUUCUUUAUUUGCAUCUUUUUGCUAGAUUAUUAGUAAUAGGAAUAAUUAUAAUUUUUGUAUACUUAAGUGUAUUUUAUGCACAUUUGUUGACACUUACAAAAGCUGGACCACAUGAUUCUGUAAUGACUAGUGCUUUUCAAGCGAGCUUAGAAGGGGGUUUAGCAAGUAUUACCAAAGGCCAACCGAUAGAAGUUACGCAUGGCUCUCAAAUUACUUUAAGACAUACUCACGGUAGGGCCUGCUGGCUACACAGCCAUGAUCACGUUUAUCCCUUGCGGUAUACAGAUGGCCGUGGAAGUUCACAUCAACAGCAGGUCACGUGCUAUUCGUUUAAAGAUGUCAAUAAUUGGUGGAUUGUUAAAAAACCAGAAAUGAAUGAUUUGGUGGUAACAAGACCUAGCGAACCGAUUAAGCAUGGAGAUAUUAUACAGCUUGUUCAUGGUAUUACGAGUCGGGCAUUAAACUCUCAUGACGUUGCAGCACCAAUGACACCCCAAAGCCAAGAAGUUUCUUGUUAUAUAGAUUAUAAUGUUUCGAUGCCAGCACAAAAUCUAUGGAAACUAGAAAUUGCAAAUCGAGAUCAAUUUGGAAAUGUUUGGCACGCAAUUCAGUCACAAGUUCGUUUAAUACAUAUAAAUUCUGAGUAUGCCCUAAAAUUUAGUGGAAGGCAAUUACCAGAUUGGGGAUUUAAUCAGCAUGAAAUAGUAGCCGAUCGACUUAUUGAUCAAUCGGAUUCAAUAUGGAAUGUCGAAGAGCAUCGUUAUACAAAAAGUGAAGAUCAAAAACAAAGAGAAAGAGAAUUACUUAAUGCUGAAAUGAUUCCACUCAAAGCUACUAUUCUAAGUUUUUGGGAAAAAUUUAUUGAAUUGCAAACUAAAAUGCUAUUUAAUAGUCAAGAAGUACAAAAUACUCAUAUGUAUUCUAGCAGUCCGUUAGAUUGGCCUAUAACGACAAGAGGAAUUGCUUAUUGGGUUUCUACUAAGAGUAAUGCCCAAGUUCAUUUACUCGGCAAUGUAAUUAUUUGGUAUUCAGGAACGAUAGCUCUCUUAUUUUACUCAUCAUUAUUAAUUUUUUAUUUAAUGAGGCGACAAAGAAUGUAUCAUGAUAUAUUAGAAGACGAAUGGUCACGUUUUAUUACUGUUGGCGAAAUAUUUUUAAUAGGAUAUUUACUUCACUUCUUACCAUUCUUUUUUGUUGAACGUACAUUAUUCCUACAUCAUUAUUUGCCAGCCUUUGUUUUUAAAGUAUUAUUAACUGCAGCAACAAUAGAUCAUAUCUACAAUGUUAUAAGUUUUCAUUGCAAUUUCAAGAUUAUUUUAAUUGGUUACAAGUUGUGCAUUAUAUCUUGGAUUACUCUUAUUGUAUUCGUUUUUUGUAAAUUUUCUGCACUGAGUUACGGUAUCACUCCUCUGUCAGCAAAGGAAAUACUAAAACUGAGGUGGAACGAAGAAUGGGAUUUUAUUAUCCACAAGACCUGAAUAAUUCAAUUCUCAAUUUUAAAUUAUAAAUAUUAUUAAAAGUGCAAACGUAUUUAA